AGGGCGACAAACGGCGACGCUCGCGCCGACGCCAUUUUACAGCAGAGAAGACGGUGAGCGCUUCGGUGCGAAAGCUACGGAGGACCACAGAAUUAAGAACACGUUUCUCAUUCGCGUUUGCAGAGUAACCGUUUUUGUUUAGAGAAUUGAGGCCUAUUGAAAUGGGAGAUCCCACCAUGCAUAGAGACUGCCCUUUGGAUUGUAAGGUGUAUGUGGGGAAUCUUGGAAAUAAUGGCAAUAAAUCGGAGCUGGAGAGAGCUUUUGGCUACUAUGGUCCUCUGCGCAGUGUCUGGGUGGCCAGGAACCCCCCUGGUUUCGCAUUUGUUGAGUUUGAGGACCCACGAGAUGCUACAGAUGCUGUCAGGGAACUGGAUGGCAGGACUCUGUGUGGUUGCCGUGUGAGGGUUGAGCUGUCCAAUGGUGAAAAGCGUUCUCGGAACCGGGGUCCACCUCCCUCCUGGAGCCGACGCCCACGCGACGACUACCGCCGGCGAAGCCCACCUCCCAGGCGCAGAUCCCCCCGUAGGAGGAGCUUCAGUCGCAGCCGCAGCAGGUCUCUCUCCCGAGACCGUAGAAGGGAGAGGUCUCUGUCCAGAGACAGGAACCACAAACCAUCUCGAUCCUUUUCCAGAUCAAGAAGUCGCUCCAGAUCAAACGACAGGAAGUAAGAGACUGCUCAUCGUUACACAAGGAUUGUGCAAAGACUGCGAUAACUCGUCUUUUAACUCCACCGUUAUGGACUCUUAUGCCCUUUGAGUCAUUAUGCUUUGUAAUUUUUUUUUUUUUUCCCUCCCUCCUUUUUAUAAAAUGAUCUGGUAUUUUAGAGCGGUUAUGUUUGCGUUCCUCUGUGCUGUGUGUGUGGGCUACACUGUACUGUGCUUUCAUUUCUCAUCAAGCAGCAUUCCUUUUUCUUUUCUUUUCUUUUUUUUCUUUUUUUUUUAAAUGCAUGGAAGGUCUGUGAAAUGUAAGGAGCCAUCAGCCAUUUUCACUGUGACGAGUCCCUCUUACACAUGCCCCGAGC